AUGGAUGUGCUUCGAUCGAUCUUCUUCAUCCCCUGCUUUGUCCUCCGACGCACCUCCUCUCCUCCUCAAGUUGUCGGCACUGUCAUUGCUACUGUUGCAGCAUGUUGGUUGUCGGUGUUGAUGAGUUGUUGCUUCACUAAACAUUUCAUUAAUUUCAAGAAACCAAAAUCAAUUACUGUGAAGCUAAUGGGUUUCAAGGAUCCAACUCACCCAGAUUAUGUUUGUCUUUUGAAGAAAUCUUUAUAUGGGCUUAAGCAAUCCCCGCAGGCUUGGAACCAUGGCACUGACAUUGCUAAUAUUAUGCUAUAUGUUGAUGAUAUAAUUCUCACAGCUUCUUCAAAUUCCCUGCGAAAGUCGUCCAUGUCCCUACUCAACGCAGAAUUCGCUUUGAAGGAUUUAGGUCCUUUAAGCUAUUUCUUGGGUAUCGCAGUUACCCGUACUUCGGGUGGAAUGGUUCUUUCUAAGAAAAACUACGCCGAAAAUAUCAUUGAGCGUGCCGGCAUGACCAACUGCAAGCCUAGCCAUACUCCAGUUGACACAAAAGCCAAACUCGACUCUUCUGCUGGAGAAUCUUUUGAUGAUCCUUCUCAUUAUUGUGCUCUUGUAGGUGUGCCUACACAUACACGACCCCAACACAUGAAUGCUCUCAAGCGCGUUGUGCGCUACAUUCAAGGUACAAUUGAUUUCGAACUUCAUCUGUAUAUAUCUACCAUUGGUUCCUUUGUCCCAUAUACAGAUGCAGAUUGCGGAGGUUGCCCCGAUACACGGCGAUCCACUUCUGGUUACUGUGCGUUUCUUGGUGAUAACUUAAUCUCAUGGUCUUCCAAACGUCAACCCACUAUGUCUAAGUCUAGUGAUGAAGCCGAAUACAGAGGUGUUGCAAAUGUAGUGUCCGAAUCAUAG